AUCUUCGUAUGCACCACUUGGUUCAUCGUGUUCACCAAUAACCCUACAUCAACGGGGUGGUUCCCCAUCCACCCGCUUCUCCUGAGUUUAGGUAUCGGCUGCUUCACCUAUGGGAUCCUGACACUCCAACCAACCGCACACCCCAAAACUAAAGCAGCUGGUCUACAACGACACCAGAGAACGAUGCUUGCCGUCGGCUUCCCAUGCGUCGCCUUGGGCAUCCUAGCAAUCGAGAUUCAUAAAUUCAACCUAGGACAUGGACAUUUUGCGACGUGGCAUGGGACUUUCGGACUUGUUUCUGUCGGGUGGCUCGUGGGACAAGUGAUCCUCGGCGGCGGAAGUGUGUGGUACGGAGGUGCAGCAUUUGGCGGUGGUAUGAAGGCCAAGAAGUUAUGGAAAUAUCAUAGGCUGUCUGGCUAUGUCUUAUUCCCCCUUCUCCUGAUUACUGCUCACCUCGGAGGCGCGUGGUCUACUUGGACGACCUCCCAUAGCCAGUCAGUAGUGCGGUUUGUCGGGUAUACUGUUGCGCCGAUAGUCGCAAUUCUAGCUAUCUAUGCGCGUGUCAGGUUAGUAGAUCUACCGUGUAAGGCGUGCGUGCGUUUUGACAACCAACAUUGCAGAACAUCCAAAUUGAAGUUCUUUUGA